CUGGAUAUAUAGACCUAAUACCUUAUGGUUGCUUUGUGGUUCGUCUCCUUGUUGUUGGUUUGCCUUGUACAUUCUGAACCAUAUAGGGAUUGUGGAUCUAAAGUUGGAAAAUUACAUUCACUGACUGUAACACCAUGUGACACGAUACCGUGUGCGUUAUAUAAAGGUCGAAACGCCACUGUUACAAUUGAAUUCAGUACCCAAGAGACUGUAAAAGAUGGUCAUAUUUCUGUACAUGGAGUGAUUGCACAUGUACCAGUACCAUUUCCACUUGACAACUCAGAAUUAUGCAACUUUGUCAGUCCAGUGUGUCCUUUAAUUCCAUCUAUAGAGAACUAUACACACACGUAUUCUUUGUAUGUUAGCACAUCAUAUCCAUCGAUAUCUUUAACCAUCAGAUGGGAAUUACAAGAUAGUUCAAAUGAAGAUAUAGUUUGCGUUGAAUUCCCUGUUCAACUUAUAUAAAGUACAAUGUAUAAUUUAAGAAAUAAAUCAAUAAUACCUAAAUAAGGGGGAAUCAAUCACACCAGGGAAACUGUAUAGAAAUAAGAAGACAAUUAAACAAACCAAGAAUAUGACAAAGAUUUUGAUCAAUAUCCAUUUUAAACGAUAUUUGACUAAAUAACGAAGAGUAUUCAAUGGUCCAAGGAAUUUCAUAAAUGAUGCAUCUGGUCGACUAAAUAUAAAAUAAAAUGAAAACAAUGAUUAAUAAUUAAUUUUGUCAAAAUCAAUACAAAUUGAAUACCAUGAUCAGACCUAAAUGAUGGACACACUGAAGACUAGAAAAUACUAGAAAAAACUGUUCCAGUUUAGUAAAAGACUAUUAAUUAUUACGCAUUCACAAUUUCACAGGAGAUCAA